UUAGAUCUGGUAUGUAUUCUUUGGCUGUUGUACUCGUAUCUCUCCUCAGUGUCGUACCAGUUUAUUCUCGGCCGUCUCCUGACGAGCUGGGGCUACUUCACGACACCUUAGCUCGUGGUCCUCCUCCUGAUGCACUCAGCAGUUCACCCAAUGCAUUAAAUCCUCGUGUUCCACUUUCUACAAACGAUGAUACUCCAUCACCAUUAGUUGACCUACAGGUAUACGCCCCUCCGAUAGUUCCUCGCAACGGGAGAUCAUGCGAAAUCGUCCUCCUGACGCAUGAAUUUGGUGAUGGAAGUUACGGUGUUCCUGCGAUUGCUGAAUAUACACCGCCCACCGACCAUGCAUGUGGAGGAGUGGAUAAAUGGGCUGCUAUCACGCUCAAUGUUACUGUAUAUUCCAUUGGAACGCAGUAUGAUCGGUUGAGUUCUCUGUAUCUGUCUCAUGUUGAGAUUUUACGCCAUUCAAGUGCUGAACCCACGAAAACUGGUACAGUUUGGACUGUCAAAGAUGUAACGCACUAUAGUGCGCUUUUCCGUAAACCUGGACAGAUACUUAUGGACUUCAGCAACAUUAUAUCGGCCGACCUUGGAUUGGAUGCAAGUUUCCAUGUGGAUGUCACCGCGGCCUUCCAUGUUGCCACACCGUCUUUUCCGGUGCCCACGACAUCCGACCUCAUACUUCCCUUGUCUAACCUUUCGCCGAACACUACUAAUCUCUUUACAAUCGAGGAUGAUCUUGGCGGGACUACAAACAUUACGAUUCCACCCUCUACUCAACAAGCAUUUGUUGAGAUAUAUGCAUCCGGUAACUCCAAUGAAGAGUUUUGGUACCUUAACACUCCAGACGAGUUCCUGGACCGAUUUCCUUCCUCUACAGGGCUGGUAGGAAAAGGUCCAUUCCGUGAAAUACAGCUCGUUCUCGAUGGAAGGCUAGCAGGUGUCGUCUGGCCUCAUGCCGUAAUCUAUACAGGAGGCAUCACUCCUACGAACUGGAGACCGUUGACGGCGUAUGGCACGUACGAUCAACCAACCUACUAUAUCGAUGUCACGCCGUUUCUCCCACUCAUAAAUGAUGACAAACAGCAUGCAUUUACGCUGCGCGUACAAGGCCAAGGCGCUUCACCAUCUAUCAACUCUAACUGGUUCGUCUCGGGUUCCGUGCAUCUGAAGUUAGGCAAGAAGCGCGUACUGGGGAAAAUGACCACAUACGACGUUCAGUCAAAUCCAUCUCUCAAGACGACUGGUAGCGCAAGUAAUGGAAACAUCACCGUCAAUACAUCUGUGCUCGCACAGCGGACGGUACUUAUCGAAAGCGAGCUGCACGGCGAUAUCGGCAGGCAAAUCGUACGCUUCGAACAACAGUUGAACUAUAGCAACUUGCAGAGAUACGAAGAUGACGGGUGGGUGCAGUGGGGAGCACAGUUGACCGAAGGCACUUCACAAUCUGUGCAUGGUGGCCGAAUGGCCUUCCGUGACACUUUCUCGUAUCCAUUGGAUGUUUUCUCAAACUACUCAUUGUAUGACAUGCAAUUCGGUGCUUAUGGGUCCGCCAUUAACCAAACGUUUAGUCGCACUCUGCAAUCACCCUUCCUUGGUCUCACACACACCAUUCUCUCCGUACAGCACGCACGUGGAAACGUGGGCAUGGAUGACACUCCCGGUCUUCGACAUGCUAUCAAUGGCACUGGAGCCACCGACCAACAGUUCGCGUUCAGUUCGACAAGUGGAGAGACCUAUUUCAGAGAUAUCGCGGCGAAGAACGAUGGAUGGUUGCGAGAUUCGGUCUGGGGAACGCUCAAGGCCUCUGAACCGCCUGUUCCUAAGAAUCAAAUAUUUGAAGGUGGUGGACAUGGUUUCCGACGAAGCCUGAGUACGCGAAGGUCACCCCGGUCUUCCUACGAUACAGUAUCUUGUUCGACCCCCAUUUCUCGUGCACAAGUCGAAGCUUUAUGACAGUUACUAUGCCAUGGUUGAUGUCAUAAGAUAUGUAGCAGCCAUUAGCUCUGGUAGUAAUGAUCCGGCAAUCGCUUGCGCUAAUAUAUCUGGCUCCAAAAGCGUC